GGCAGUGUGACUAACGCGCAUCUAUGAUCACCUAAAAAUCGUGGCAAGAAAACGCGUCCAAAAAUAAAAAAGAAAAGCAAAAGUAAGGAUAAAUGUUUUGUAUCUCAAAAUCUUAUUGUAAAACUCAUUUUGAUAAUCAGCAUCUUGAUUUGAAUGACUUUGAUUUGUGCAAGCCUUGAUAAUUAAUCAAUAUGCAAAUUUUGAUUUUUUUGAUUUUUUUUUAACCAUGUCCUUGUUCCUUUUUAUUUCACUUGUUAGUAAGAAACCAAAUGCUACCUCCUGAAUUUAAAAGCUUUAAGCUCGCUGAACAUCACGAAGGAUCAAGAAAUUACUUUCACGAACAUGAAGCAGAACAAUGGUCAUUCAGUCAUUAUUUCAACCAAACACACAAUAACCUCAACAAGUUUAAAAAGUACAAAUUCAUUUUAGAUGCCUAUCAAAAAGAUCUUGAUUGGCUUAUUAAUCAACGUUCAGUGACAGCAAAGUUAAAAGAUUACUUAAUUGUAUUAAAGAAAGAAAAAGUGCCUGGAAGUUCUAAACUUAAAGCAAAAGCAGCCUUGCCCAAAAAGAUUAGAUGUCUUAACAGUAAAAACACUUUUAACAUGAUCGGUAACAACAAUAACAUUGGAAAUAUCCAACUUGGUGAUACAUAUACUGCAUCCGAAAGUAGCAGCAUGAAUACAAAACGCAAGGCUAAUGAUGACUUUGAAGAAACAACAAAAACGAGGAAACCCUGCCAAGCUGAAUUUGAAGGAAAUACUCAAGAAAUCAACUCUAUUUUGGGAAAAUGGAACAAAUUCCUUGAAAAUAAGGAAACCUUCCACCCUUUUAGCCCAGAAUACCACCAUGUCAUUCGUUGUGGAAAAACUGUUUCAUAUAGACCUUUUUUGAAUAAGGAGCUUUAUGAUCAACAUGUCAGCCAGCAUGAAGAAAAGGAAUAUCCACUUCCAGAGGUGUGCAUGUCAUACAUUAAUAAUAUCAUGAAUCAACAUGAUUUGAAAAAGUAUAGAAAAGCAAUUAGAAACGUACCAGAAGCAGAAGGUGAAGAUGAAGAUACCUUUUUAUUUGUUGAAAAUAUAUUUCAAGCCAUGUACAAUUUCCAUACCACUUACAAAGACAUCCAUGACGGUGAACCUGAAUUCAAUGGCCUUUUCUUGUUUCCUUUUUUAAAGGCAGUGGCAGCAGCAGUUGCAGCAGAGUUUGGUGCAGCUAAAACUGAUUUUUGUGAUGGUGAAGUUUGUUUAGAAGCGAUGUCCACUCAACUAAAGGCACUAAAUAUGCUAAUCGAUGGCCGUAACAAAUAUAAUGCUGAUGGGUUGAUCCGAAUGUACGGAUAUAAGAAUUUAGAGAUUCUCCUUCUAGAAACAUCGUCUCAUUUUGGAUGUAGUGAUCAAUCCAAAUCUAAAUUUGACCACCAUAAGGGCUUAUUUGGAUCAUUAGCCAUGAUAAAAACAAUUGCCGAUGAAUACCAAUAUGCAUCAAUCACCACAUUUAAAAAAGUAAAAGUUAUCUUUGUUCACGCAAGUGACACAACAGUAUAUUUAUGGAGUAUGUCAUUCGUACCAGACGAAAACAUAUAUGAACUUUGGCUUGAGGAUACACUUGAAAUAAAACCAAGUAUCGAUGACAAGCUGGAAGCAAUUCCAAAUUUUAUCCAAUUUUACUGGAAAACAAAAGAAUUGUUGAAGCAAACUUCAAGAAUAGUAAUGGAACUCAAGAAGGAGCAUGAGGCAACAUUAGUCAAAAAUAUGUUUAAGAAAUCCAGCGACCUUACUUCCCUCUCCACCAUCGUAAACCCGUCAAUUCUUCGACUUACUGAAGAUGAAGAUAAAGCCGGUAUGGCUGAGCUUGGGCCUGUAUUCAAGUCAAGAGGAGAAUAAACCAC